AGCAAUGAAUGACAAAGUGCCUUGCCCAAGGGCACAUGCCCCACAUCCCCAGGCUGGACUCGAACCCACAACCCGCAGAAUUACCCGCAGACCACGAAUUCAAUUCACGGGGCCACGGUACUAUCCGAUUUUGACCCUGUUUUUUUGGUUGCUUUCAAGCCAUACCUUUGCGUAUGUACCGAUAAAAAGCAAGGGCAGAGUGAAAUAUAAAGAGGAAGAAAAAAUGCUGUGCGCAGAAAUAAACUGCAGGCAAAAAAUUGUUUUUAGUGUGUACACAUCUAGGCAGUUUCCCCUUGCUUUGUUAACACCCGGAGUUCAGUUCACUGAUUAUAAUUAUAAAUGCGCAUAUAUUGCUGUGCCACUCAUGCUCAAUAGGCUAUUACGACAAAAGCUUUACCAGAAGCAACGUUUACAGCAGAAGUGACCUUGUUUGGCACAUUGUUGUAAUGUUUAUGGAUGGCAGUGGUGACCUUGUUUUGCACAUUGUUGUGAACCUGAAAGGCCCAUUUUGGCCUUGUGUUGCGAUAAUAGGCUGACUAGCGCUAGCCGAUGCUGGCAAUACCGACAGUGUAAAAACCUUGAAGCAGCAGCAGUAGAUUUGUUUCUGUUUCUGUUCCAUAAACGUACAAACACCUAGAAGGUUGUCGACGUACGUCUGUUUCUGUUCCAUAAACGUACAAACACCUAGAAGGUUGUCGACGUACGUCUGUUUCUGUUCCAUAAACGUACAAACACCUAGAAGGUUGUCGACGUACGUCUGUUUCUGUUCCAUAAACGUACAAACACCUAGAAGGUUGUCGACGUACGUCUGUUUCUGUUCCAUAAACGUACAAACACCUAGAAGGUUGUCGACGUACGUCUGUUUCUGUUCCAUAAACGUACAACGAUUUGAAGGGGAAGACUAAGAAUACUUCACAACAGUUUCAGAUCGGCACGCCAACAUGUCAUCUCUGAGGAAGAAAAGCAUCAAGAAUGUCCGCAGUCCGCGCCGCAUCGCGGCGUGUGUUGAGCAUCUCCCCCAGUCUUUCGUCGACCAGCUGUUGGCCCCUAAACGCAAGGCCAAGCUGAUGAAAGUGGCCGACACCGCGGAGGGAGGCGAGAGGGAGCUGGCGGAGUGGCUGUGGGAGAGCAGCCAGGCUCAGGCCCAAGAGGCGCUCGAUACGGGUUUCAUCCAGGGGAUUAAGAGUGGCCUUCUCGAUCCCACUGAUUAUGGUGGAUACACCGUUCAGGAUGCCGUGUAUUGCUUCAAUGCAACGAGCUACUACGGAAUCGCAUAUGAAAAAUGCAAAGAGUCUACUCUGAGGGAGUUCAUCCAAGGACGCAUCAAAAGUUACGCAGGCUACACAGAAGAGAUGUUUAAGCAGUGGUACAUCAAGGAUCCGAGGGGUAUUGCCAUGGGAACCGCCGCGGCCUCUUACUCUUCCUUCGAAAAGGGCGUGGCUACGAACUCCCAAGCAAUCUAUCUGUUGAUUGCCAUGCUGCCUUGCGAGCAACUGUGGGGGUGGCUUGCUGAGCAGAUUCAACCGGGCAUCAAUGACACGAACGUGUACAGCUUCUGGAUCGAGGAUAACCUUGGCGGCAGCCACAAACUGGCCAACUUCAUCAACGAGCAUACAGAGAGCUACGGGGUGCGCCCUGAAGUGGCCAAGGGGAUCUACAAAACAGCUAUGCAGUGUGAAGUGGAGUUCUUCAGAUCAGCCACAAUUGAUGUGGUUUAAAAACCACUCCAUUCAGUCACUAUUCUGGCAAAGGGUGCAUUAAUUUUAUGCAGGAUAGAUACAAAGAACAAAAUGAGUUCCUCGAACCAACUACGUUAUGUUUGAGCAAUUGAAUAAGACUUUGAUAAUGUACCGUGCCCAAUUUUGACGAAAAUGCAAGGUUAACCCGUUACAAUUUAAAAUUUACCAGAAAAGUCAAAUUUUGCCCGAUUUUGAUGCAAAUGCAAGGUUUAGGCCUACCCCUUAGAAUUUUAAAUUUACCAGAAAAGUCAAAUUUUGCCAAAUUUUGAUGAAAAUGCAAGGUUAACCCCUAACAAUCUGAA